AUGUGUACUUUGCCCUCCAGGAUAUUCAUGAUGGACUCGGAGGAGCAUGAUAGUGACGAGGGAGAAUAUCAAUGCCUUGAAGAGCAGGACAUGAUCCAGUGCAGAGUACCCUACUCUCAUGCAAAGAACACCAAGGAGGCAAGUUUCAGGAAGGAGGGGUUAUGAUUCUUCUCAAUUGCAGUCUAUUAUAGUACUGUAAUAACACAUUAUGGACAUUAUAGAACUGUAUGUUUUGGUAAUACCUUACUUGAAAUUGAUUUUGUAUGUCUUUACCUUUUAGUUGGAUUUCUGUAAUAAGGAAGACCUUAAUAAGAAGAGGUGUGUUUUUGCCAUUUCAAAAGUACGGGUUUAAAGGGGCAAUCUGCUGUUGCUACAUCCAUUUUUGGAUGUAUAAAUUAAUGAUAUGUACCCAUAGAUUCUUGAAGAAUAUAACUUAUUUUUGCCUCAUGAGCUUAGUUGAACUAUUUUACCCCAUCAGAACCAAAUACAAGCUUGUUUUACUCCAAUGUUUGUAAACAAAGAAAAUGUAAACAAACACUAUGUAGCCUCAAAACAUGGUUAAAACUAUAAUUUUGAUAUCAUGAAAGGUCAGUCCUUGCAUCCAUAGCUCUAUGAAUUUGAGAGUGGUUACAUUUCUCCAGCCCCAUCCAUCAUCUUUUUACCAAAACAGGGGCGGGAAACGUUGUUAUUGUUCAACUGCUGAUUGCCACUAAUGAAAUCUUCAACUGGAACAACGCUCACACCUUUUUUCAUUGUUUCAUAUAAUUUAUGAUUGAGUGUAGUGUUUCUGAGUAUUCAGCCAUAUCUCUGUUUCAUAGAUGUCCGGCAGGUCGUUCAGGGAACAACCCUGGGAGACAGAAGCGGGUUGUGUCAUGUAAGAGGAAGACGCACCAUCUCACUAUCAGUCGGAGGAAGCAGCCUGCCACAGUGAGGACUUAUGAUGUGGCCAACAAGGAGAACGAAAUGGCCUGUGUGCAGGACAUGGAAGAGAUGUUCUACAUGGACCCAUGGGAGUUUCCACUCACUGCCCCCCAUCAUAACAAGACUGAUGAGGCUGGUUCAAAAGACAGUGACUACUUCACAGAGGUGUGAAAUAUCAGUAUUGUAGCCUUGUCUAAUGUCUUUGGGGUGGGUUGGCUCAUUAUCUCAUCAUCGUGAUAUGCUUGUUGCCACAAAUAUUUGAAUGUAUUCCACCACCGCUCUGCUGUUUUUCAGUUGUCAAAGGACCACAACACAAUGACAGAUGUGCUCUUUGGAAGAAAUCUGAGACUGAGUGUUGCUUUGACCCUUUGGCAAAGAAAUGUUGGAGAACUGCUUACAUAUUUUUUAAGGUACAGUAGAAGUUGUCAAGAUUGAAAUAUCUGACGCUUUAUUGACACAAAGUUGUGAUUCUAUAAUAGCAAAGCUCUUUUCUCCCUCAGAAUCCAAGACACUGGUGUGUUUGUUGAUUUUCUUCCAGUGAUAACAAAAAGGUACAUUCCUCAUUUAUUUUUCUGGGUAUAAAGCAAUGAUUACAAUUUAAGUUUUAUUUUCAUUUAUUUUCUAUCUUUCCCCGAUAGCCUUGAUGGUGAGUCAGCGUCACCCAGCGUUUCCAUUGGCUGUUGUGUUGACCUUUUCCCCCUUGUUGAAAAGGUCCUCACUAGUCAAUAUGAAGAGUGAGUACCACUGUUAAUGACACACUUUUCAUUACAAAUUCUUCAAAAUCUGACUAAACUGAUCCCUUGUUGUCUUGCAGGCACCUGGUAGUUGGUUUAGGAUGGGUACAAUCAGUAUUAAGACAUUGGUGGCCAGAGCUCUCAGCAAGUGGAAGAACUGACACUCAAUCUAUGGAUGGGUAUGUUUACUCAACAUGCUGACUGGAAGCUAUGGAGAUGUGUAUUCUUUGUGGAGUAGGCACCCCCCAUGUGUAACUAAAACUUCUCUGUUUUUAUUGAUCAUUGCAGAAAUGUUCGAGUGUUCAAACAGCAGCUAAAGGAGUUUUGGAACCAGGAGCCUAAUUUGAGUUCAGUUCCAGGAAGUGCAGGUGAAAUAGCAAAGGUGGGUUCUAAGUUAAGAUACAUGGUAAUUUGAAUAUAUCCAAGACAAGUGCAAAUAGUGUUAGUGAUAUUUCUGUCAUCUUCGUUCUUGUUUUCCAGUUUAUAGACUAUUACCUGUUACAAUUGCCCUGAUCGCAAUGGUGGCCCAUGCCAAGCUCCAGUCCAGUCCUGAUGACUUGUUGUUGUAAAGUUGGAAAACUCAUUAGAAAUUUGCUGCACCACGGGAAAACUCAUAAGAACACAAUGGACUUGUGACACGAUGAUCUGCACUACUUGACGUUUGAUGUGGGGAAAAGCAUUACCAGAUUCAUUUGAGGGCUGCUAAACAGUGCCCAAAGAGUGCCCCGCUGAAGAGUGCCAGAGAGCCACUCCAGACAAUGAUUGUGCCUUGUUCUUUUUGAAGCAUUUUAAUUACAAUUUCAGAUGACCAACACUUGUCCACAAUUGCUAACAUGACUUCACCUCACAACAUUUCAAUGGUACGAAAUUAAUCCAAAGGAUGAAAGUGUGUGCUAUUGAUUGGUUACAGUAGAGAACCAAUCGAAGUUGUGUUGGAUGAAUUAAAAUGGUACCUGAAGCUGUUUUAUUGUAAAUUAAUAAAUUAUUUUGAAACGAAAA